GGCUGCCUCCCGAGGUCAGGCGCGCCCGGGAGUUCCUUCUUCUGGCACCGGCCGGCCUCCGGGGGGUGCUCUUCGGUCGCUUGUCCGGCUUUGACCCCCCACCCCCCAAGUUGCGCUCCGGGGCGGCAAAAGAACCACGUUUCCGGCACUUGGGCAAAUCCCCCACCCCCUUCCCGCCUGUCUCCUUCGGUCUGACAACCCAACUCCGCGUGUCGUUGCGCAGGACCGGAGCGCGCCCUCUGAGUGGAAUCCCCCACCCGGGUCCGUCCCCCCCCUUUUCAGGGACGGAAUGGAGGCGUCCGCCAAGUGGGGGCUGCUGCUCCAGCUGGGGUUGCUUCUGACUCGCCUCCAAGUGCAUUUGGCAACCUUUGAAACCAUUACCCCUUAUUCGCUCUAUGUGUGUCCUGAAGGUCAAAAUCUCACUUUGACUUGUAAAAUCAGUGGGGUUCUCGCCAAUCACCAUGAUUUGUUCGCCAUUUGGUACUUCAGCAACAAAAACGACCGUAGCUGUUCCCAAAGAAAGCAUAUCCACAAUAUCACUGCUAAGCAACUUCAUCAUGAAGCUGAGAUGCACCAUAGGCAACUUCAUGGGAAUGUCACUGCUGAGAAAUAUGCCCAAGGGCAUCAAGUCAACUAUUAUGGAUUGGAGUUCUUUUCAAAUCAUCGCGGCACUUUCCAUGUCACUAUAGCAAAUCUUACUCUGCAGGACAGAGGAUAUUACUGUUGUUAUAUAAUAGAGACUAAGAAAGAAAAGAACAAGCCGCAUAUCUUGCACCAUUCUUAUGGUUUCAUGGAACUUCGUAUACAGAAAGCAAAUGGGUUGUCUCCAAACUGUACAUUUCAUCUUGAUGACAAUACGGAAAAUACCACAGCAGUCAUAAUUACAACAGCGGCUUGCAUUAUAGGCAUUCUGUGUUUGCCUUUCAUCCUACUCCUUAUUUACAAACAGAGGCAAAUAAUUAAUAACAGGCGUGCUCACGAACUCGUAAGGAUGGAUAGCAACGCCCAUGGCAUUGAGAAUCCCGUCUUUGAUGCUGUCCCUGAUGUAGAGUCAGAAUCCAGGAUUAGGCCACAAUUAUCAUUUAUGGCGAGUCGUCAGGCUUCAGAGUCAGACCGACAUCUUCUCUCAGAGCCAAAUACCCCUCUCUCGCCUCCAGCCCCGGGAGAAUGUUUCUUCCCAUCACUUGAUCCUGUUCCUGAUUCACCAGAUUUAACAAAGGAAUCGUCAAAGGAAGAUGUUGUAUUCUGAAUUUUUAACAACAAUAUGAACAAGGCUUACUAUUUGCUGCUUUAAAGGAGAAAGAGAGGCAGAGACAGAGGGGAACAAAUGUGAGAAGUUUUUAGGAGACUGUUUCUAAAGUCUUGGAGGUGCUUUUUGACUGUCCUAAAUAUUUCAAUAUAUUGUUCUCUGGUUUCUGAAACAAUUCGACGUGGAGAAUAUGGAAGACAAGGAAAUAUUAUUUUGCUCUCCUGGAAUUCUGCAAACUUUUUGUUUUUUUUACUUCACUGAAGUUACUGAAACGUGUUUCUAAUGUGUUGUAUGGAUUAAUUAGAUCAAGAUCAUGUUACAUUUUUAUUAACUAUAAGGGAUUGUGAAUAGCACCACCACCAAGCCUUGCUCUGCAUUCAAAAUGCCUUGGUUCCCUAGAAACAGAAACUAAUGUACAUGUGCAAUAUAUAUUUUUUUACUUUGCAUAUGUAUCCUUUAAAUGAUUGUAUGUUUACACAUGUUUUAACAUAGUGAUAAGAUGCUUUGCUUGUAUCCUGUCCUCAAAAAAUCAGACCCCAAAUGAACUAUCUCCAUACUUCACUCUAGUUCUAAUUCAGUCUUUUCUUUGCUCUUUUUAUUUGCUAAUGAAUUAAGGAAAUCUAAAUGAAGGUUCUCAAUUGCAUAACUUACAACUAAAUAUUACUAGUAAGAAUACGUUGAAAAUCAUGAAGGAUAAUCAUGUUAAGAACAUAAAAAAUGGAUUUCGAUUUAGCUCUGUUGAACAACAGUUUGCUUUUAUAAGCUGUUUCAAAAGCAUGUUAAAGAGGGUUUUACAGAACAUUAUUGAUUUGGUACAUUUUGUUUAAAUGAUAACUUUAUGUCAUUCUGGUAUAAUUUAUCUUGUGUUUUGUAAUGUUUAUGGCUAAGUAGGCAGAGGAAAUGCUUUAAGUGAAGGAUCUUUCCAGUUGUGAAUUAUAGAUAUAAUUCAUAUUGAUAUCUUUAAGUGAAGCUGUCUGGAGAAAAAUAAUAUAUUUGAUAGGGUAGAAAGUACAAGUAAUUUUUGUCAUAGAUACAAAUUAGCCAACAGCAAUCGGUAUUUAGAGUUGUUUAAUCCUAGUUUCCAAACAAGACAGUAGUCAUUCUGUCUAAAUCAAUCUUUUUCAACAUCAGCAACUUUAAAACUUGUGGAUUUUAAUUCCCAGAAUUCCCCAGCAACCAUGCCACCAAGUUGCUGAUAUUGAGAGACACAACUCUAAAAUACAAAGAAUGAGUGAUAUUUUAAACGUGUCGGGGAUUUCAUAAACAUAUAAUAACUGAGAUCAGUCAAGUUAAUUUUAUACUGAUGCCUAAGAAGUGCCUUAUCUUUGUCUGGCAAUAACAUUACAACAAAGAUAAAUUACAUAUAGUAGUUAACUAUUUGUAGCAGUUUCAAAGACAGCUGCUUGACAUUUGUCUAAUGGUAGGGUCAAUUCUUCCCUUUUUUUUUCUUGGCGAGGUAUGAUUCAUUUUUCUCUUGAACAAUUCUGUUUUUGAGAGAAUUGUUGCAAUGUUUUCUGUUGCUAUAUGUACUCUGACAAGCUACACUAUAUUAAAACUCAUCCUUAUUGAACGUAGGAAACAUUCCUGAAUUGUAUGUACUAAGUAAAGAAUGAGAUGUUCGCACUGUUCACUAUUAAAGAUACAUUUAAAUAGAAAAUUUUGCUUAAGAACAAAAAUUAAAGAAGGAAAAAGGAGGUAAGCUAAUUAUAUGAAGAAAUUGUAUUCUUUUUGUUCUGCUUACUUCCUCCUGUUUGAUGAUUACUUAUCCUGUGUACAAGCAAACUCUUUUGACUUGCUCUCUGAACAGGUCCAUUGUUUAUUUUCUGUUGAUCAUAAAUUGAUACAAUAAAAGUUUAAUGUGGCUAUUA